AUAAGUAUGCCUUUCCUAUAAAAACCACCUAACCAUUGUUCCAUCACCCAUCCUCUCUUAUUAUCUUACCCUUCAAUCCAUCCAAAUCUCUCUCUCUCUCUCUCUCAAACAUGAGUCACUACGAGCAACACCAAGCUCCACAAGUCUAUCCUCCACCCGGCCAAGCCUACCCACCUCAAACGUAUCCACCACAGACGGAGGGAUACCCUUCCACCGCACCACCGCCGGUGGGGUACCCUACAAAAGAUGGGUCUGGGUACCCCCAACAACAUGUUCCUGUGGAAACUAAGAGCAGAGGUGAUGGAUUUUGGAAAGGAUGUUGUGCUGCCUUAUGUUGCUGCUGCGUCUUGGAUGCGUGCUUUUGAAUGGUGACCAAAGAUGUGUGGAUGAUUUCUCUUCCUCUAUUAUUUAUGUUUUCUAUCAUUUUGAUGUAAGAAAGAAAAGAGGAUGAUAUAGUAAUUUCAUCUUUGGGAU